CAGAGACAGAGCGGCGGUGAUCGGCUGCGGAGGAUGCCGACCCCGCUGCGGGGACAACCGCCCAGCGAGAUGGCCGCUGUACCUUUCUCCCUCGCCGCAUCAUGCACCGAGACGACCUGCUUGCACCAAUGAAGCCCCCGUCGAUGAAGCCAAAACCGGCCAAAGAAAGGCAGAAAGAGGCCACAGAGAGAGAGAAUGUACUGGCGCGUCGGGUUCGCCUGGACGCGCUCGUGUGUGGUUGAUCUUGGCCGGAACCAGAGCUUCUCAUUUGGUCUGUGCGGCUCGGAUGAGCAACUCUCCUUUUAUGGGUACAUUAUUGCCUAUCCUCUGCAGGACUACGGCGGGAUCAUGUCGGCCCUGGGGUCAGACUCGUGGUGGAGGAAAACGCUCUAUCUAACUGGAGGCGCUCUGCUCGCGGCUGCUGCCUAUUUACUGCACGAGCUACUUGCCAUCAGGAAAGAACAGGAGCUGAACUCAGUGGAUGCCAUUAUCCUUCACCAGUUCUCCAGGCCAAAGAGUGGCGUUCCAUCCCUCUCCCCAUUCUGCCUCAAGUUGGAAACCUACCUUCGUAUGGUGGACCUGCCCUACCAGAACUAUUUCGAUGGGAAGCUGUCCCCCCAGGGAAAGAUGCCCUGGAUAGAAUACAACCAGGAGCAGGUGUGUGGUACAGAGUUCAUCAUCGACUUCCUGGAGGAGAAGCUGGGCGUGAGCCUCAACAAGAACCUCGGUGCCCAUGAGAAAGCUGUGUCCCGGGCAGUGACCAAGAUGGUGGAGGAACACUUCUACUGGACUAUAGCAUACUGCCAGUGGGUGGAUCACCUAGAGGAGACUCAGAAGAUGCUGGGGGUGAACGGGCCACUGAGUGACCUCCUCAAGUGGAUCCUGAGUCACUUGACUGGUGGCAUCAUCAAGCGAGAGAUGUACGGCCACGGGAUUGGAAGGUUCUCCAAGGAGGAGGUCUACGCUCUGAUGGAGAAGGACAUGCGGACACUGGCCACCCUUCUUGGUGACAAGAAGUACCUGAUGGGUCCUAAACUGUCCAUGGUGGAUGCCACUGUGUUCAGCCACCUAGCCCCUGCCAUGUGGACCCUGCCUGGCACAAGGCCAGAGCAGCUGAUCAAAGGCGAGCUGAUCAACCUUGCCAUGUAUUGUGAGAGGAUCCGUCGUCGCUUCUGGCCUGAGUGGUUUGUGGAUCUGGAAGACUUCUGUUAUGAAGACACCACGGAGGAAGAGGAAUCUCCCUCCAGGCUCCAGGACCUGGGUCUUUACUCCCGCACAGACACCUUCCAGGACCAGUCCAGCCCUCCUCACACACACACACCCACGCACACACACACGAUCUCGCCAGACAGUGACCGCACGGGCCAAUCGCUGUAUGACUCAGACAUGGACACCGAGUGCUCUGAGAUGGAUCCGCUAAAGUGUUGAUCGCAGAAUGACACACACCCACACACGUACACAGAAAAACACAAAUAUACAACACAUACACUGCCCGCACCCACUCUCAUGCUACCCUCAACACAGCGCCAUCUAUCUGUCCAGCAGGGAAUAACUGUUAGGGGCAUCUCUGUUGCCAGGGACUGAUGAUGCCAGUGCUGAUGGGCGAUGGACUCAGAGAUUCCUAUGAGAUGGAUGAAACCAACCAUUGGACUAAUAGAGGGACCGAGACAACAUGGAUAUGGACAAUGAAAGUACCAUACUGUAGCAAUAGAAACAGCCAAUAGGGAUAGAAAGAGAAGACAAUGCGAGGGAGAUAAAAGGAUACUGAGAUCGGGAGUUAAUGACGCCCUCGCUGACAAACUCCUCCAUCUGGGUGACAAUGGCUGGAGCCCAGUCCCUGUUGUCAAGUUACCGUUACCGCAGCAACCGUGUUUGUGUUUACACGUGUCAGCCUGUUGAGCAGAAGUGUCCCAGUCAUGUGUCUGACUUCCUGAACUGGCCCCCAGAUUUAUACCCCUACAAAAUAGCCGUAGUAAAGAUAUUAUGUUGAUAUGUGGGGAGCUAUUCAGGCAUUAUGUGAAAGUACAGGUCCUUAAAUGUGAAUACGACAUCAGAUCAGAAAUCUGAAUAUGGUAUAAAUAUUAUAGUUAGCUUAAAAUUAUAUAUAUAUAUAUGAUUAUAUAUAAUCAUAUAUAUAUGAUCCCUGUAUGAUCCCAAUGUCAUAUUAUGUAAAUAUGUGGUUCUCCUGUAAACCUCCUAGUGCUUGUGUGAUACGACUAAAUUCCCUGGUGGCCACACCAAACCCAUUAUGCUGGUCUAGGAGAGGUUUGCAUCCAUCUCUUCCAAGAUGACUGACACUCUGCAUCUGCAGUCUGGUCUUAACCCUUUGUUGACUAUUUUGUCAGUCCUUUUCAGAAUUGUCAUUGAUGUUGUGAAAGAGUGGAUAGUGGUGACAUCUCAACAAUCCUGUCCUCUCCAGUCCUUCAACUGCACAGAUCUGAAAACACUGGAUAGGUGGAAUCAGUUUCUCCUGGAUGUCUGCCCAGUGGAAAGUUCCUCCACCUGCCCCAUUAUUUCCCAUCAGGUAGAGAACAGGAGACUGCUAGAGCUCUUUAGUUGUGUGUAUGUUCAUUCAGCCAUUGGGAGCGGAUGAAACAUUCAAGUGGAAGAUUCAUAAGACUAGAUAGACUUUGAGGUGCAUGACUGACAGGUGCCAAUGAAAUCACCCUGCUGGUUAUCGGUUAUCUGUGUAUCUCCUCUGGCCUGUUUUAAUGUGUAUUGUAAUCAGAGUGUGUGUCUGUGUAUGUGUGUGUGUGCCUGACGAAGGGCACUAAAACGCAAUUGACGAAAAUAACACUUAGGCCUUUGAUCUGCCAUUCCCGGUGUGGCCAAACAAUUCAUUAAUUCUAGAAAUAGAAAAAAUAGAAUGGCCAUUGUUGCUUAUGGCAUCAACUCACUGUGAGCUAGCAUGAAACAACUACUAUAAUCACCAGUGUUGGUUGUUACUCUUACUUAUUAGAAGGCUAAUGGAGUAGUGAAACGGUCUGUUCUACUUGUUCUAUUUCUAGUACUUCUAAUGGUGUGGUGUUUAAUGGGGAGAUGGGGGUCAUUACUUGUGUUUGUCUUUCAGCAGACAUGUGUGGGACCUGUGUGAGUGUGUCUGAUGUUGGGUGUAGAGUUCUGUCCAUAUUGUGCAUCAAUGAGUCAUCGUAUCUCAAGAGUUGAUUUUGAGGCACUCUGUACCGGAUAGGUGCUUCCGGCUGAGCCUGCACAGACACAGAGACACCCAUCACCACAGCAGAGGAUUUGAAUUUGGUCUUGUGGCAGCAGCACAGAACUGAAAAGAAUGUGAAGUAGUUUGGUGAUGAUGGUUAAUACCCUCUACGAACAUUAUAGAGAGGUUUUUUUAAUCUUGCGAGUUAAUUGUGCUCAGACCGGGUUUUACCAGAACUUACUAGAAACCAGUCUGCCUGUGGUGUAGAACAGCGCAAAUUUACAUAGUGAUACAUGAGCCUGCCUAUCACUGUGUACUUGUAUCCUGUCUGCAUGUUUCCUGCAUUCACUUCUAAGAGCCAUGGGAUAGACACAGCCUUAUGGAGUGACUGGAUGUUUUUGGUGUUUACUUUCUGAUCCAGUCUAUAUUUUUUGUAUACUGCAUAGUCUAUUUUCUUUUUCUUUUUUCAUUUUGUCACACUAAUGUAAUUUUAGCAAUUUUUUGCUAAGAUUUUUUAAACUUUUGUUCAGGCUUGCCAGUUGUUUUCUGUUCGGAUCCCUAUUUGAACAUGGUGAAGAGUUGAGUGUCUAUGUUGUGGUCACUUCUCUUAUUCUGCUCUAACUGGGCUGCCAAUGUUUUUUCCAAAUCUGUUAUAAUCUAAAUGUUAACCUAAAUUAAACAUCUCUUAAUGUUUACUAGAAUUCUGACAUGUUUAAACCAUGUUUUGAUACAAAUGGGUUUUUCCAGCAGGCCUGUGUCUAAACCCAGCUACCAAAUGACCUGUUCGUUUCCUGGAGGCAUGCUUAUGAUGUCCCCUAACUAUUUCUCAAAACAAACCAAAAGACUUGUGAUCCUCGUCCUACCAUACCUCGUUGCUUAGAUUAGGAUUGUGACUGUCGACAGAAACAUUCUGAGGUCCUCUUUGGGCGACUUUAGAUGGACGUUGCCUAAUGGCACAGAUCCAGGAUCAGCUUCCCCUCCCUCUAAUCCUCACCACAAGGGAUGGAAAUGCAAAAGGGACCUUGUAUCAGAGUCAGCUGCAACUUUGUUGCAAUCUGUUACAUAAAGCAAAGGUCAAGGGUCAGAGUUCAGCACUACUGUGUCAUUUCCUUGUUGAGGUGUGUGUUGUUAGACUACUAGAGCCAUAUUACAUAGUUUGUGUUGUUAGACUACUAGAGCCAUAUUACAUAGUUUGUGUUGUGUGUGCUGAAAUGUGUGGACUCACACUACAUACUGGGUAAUGUACAUAUGGGAGCCAUAAAGUGUAAACAAAUGUGUACAUGAGCUAAAAGAAACUGUAACAUAAUAGAUCAAUUCCUAUGAAUGUAUAUUAAUUAGAGAUGAGUGGCUGUAUGAAAAUGAACAAAUCCUAAUAUUUAAUUAAAUAUAGCUGUGAUAAUUUUA